UGGAAUGCCGUGCUACUAUUGAAAUAAUUUAAAUAAGGAUGACGGAGUAGUUAUUCAGUCGAACCACUUCCUGGGUGAAGCCCAGGUGGCUUCAGUCCUAAACGUAAUCUUAGACGGGCGCCGGGAUAGAAUUCACGUUCCCCAGCGGCCCGGACCCCGCCGUCCAAGCCCACUGUAGCUCACCGUCCGGGACAACCUACAAGCACCAAGCUCCGUGCGGUCCGGCACCUUGCAAAACGUCAUUCACCAGUGUUCGAAGCCACCAACCUGUCCUUCGCGUGAGACACCGGAGAUACCAGAGCCACAAGAAACCACCUAGAGAGACCGAAAAGAAACAAAUGGCUUCGGGAGGACGAUUCUGUACGAACGCGCUUCGCGCGGGUAGUAGUCGCGUCGCCGCGCCGGCGGCGGCAGCGGUCUCGAGACGAUGCUUCGCUGCUGCUACGUCGGCGGCCCUGAUUUCAUUCAGACUUGGGACCUCUGCGAUCCGAGCGACGACAACAACGAGGACGACUGCUCCAUACCGAUGGAGGGCCGCGACCGCUGCGGCGCCGAGGUGCUUCUCGUCGGCGUCGGACGACUACCACGAGAUGGCGGCGAAUGGGAGCAAGCUCUGGAACUACGAGCAGAUGGCCGAGUUGGCGAAGAACCCCAGGGGCGUCAUUAUCAUCGACUCCCGCGAACCAGGCGAGCUCGAGCAGACGGGCCGCAUCCCCUCGGCCGUAAACAUCCCCGUUGCGACGGCGCCUGAGAGCUUCCACAUUCCUGAGGACGACUUUGAGGACCGGUACGGAUUCCCACGGCCCGCCAAGGAUACGGAGCUUGUCUUCUACUGCAAGGCCGGCGUGCGGAGCCGCGCGGCGGCGACGUUGGCCAAGGAGGCAGGAUGGACCAGGGUCGGCGAGUACCCCGGAAGCUUCCUGGAUUGGCAGAAGCACGGCGGCGAGGUCGAGACAGGUGGCAGGGGGCCGGGACAAGAGUGAGGCUGGCCAUCCGUUUAUGCUAGGGACUAUGAGGAGGGCGGUCGAAAGAGGAGGGGACUGAAGCAGGUGUGCGGGAUUCCAGGUGGCUGCAUGGUACGGCAAAGCACAUGAUAGACAGGGUGCGCAUUCAAUCAUGACAU